ACAAAAAAGCGAUGUCAAUAAAAUAAGCAGUUCUGGUGCUAUGUAAAUUUUACUAAGUGAUUUUAAGAAUCAUGAGGUAUAAUAAACAAGAGCUGUUUGCGUUAGCAUCACAAACAUCUCAGAACUUCGAUAGAGAAGGUGUUCUUGUGCUAAGAGAGCGGCAAGAUGGAUUCUUUCGCAGAUCUGAAGGCUGUUCAGUACGAUGGUUCCGUUUGAGGGGUAACUUGUUAUUCUAUUUGAAAGGACCUGAACCUUGGUACGAACCUAUGGGUGUUAUAGUCCUUGGCCAUCAUCAAGUUAAGCUGCAGGCCCAGGAUGAAAAUGGCCAGUGGCCCUUCCAUAUUGUAUGGGAAAACGGUGUUUGUUAUCGUAUGGCUACCUUUCAUGAAUCGGAACGCACGCUAUGGUUGCAGGCAAUUCAGAUGGCCUCAUAUGAAUAUGUAAAUACACAGAUUGCAGCAUUAAAAGAAAGACUGAACAGGAUCAGACCCAUUAUUGACAUAACCAGUUACAGGUUACAGAAGGGCAUUAUGACAGAUAUGAAUGAAGUACCAUUAUGCGAGCUAGCUUUGUCAUGCGACAACUUAUUAUGCGACGCACACGGUAGGCCUCCGUCGCCUAUGGCAGUAAUAUACGUCAGAUAUCCCAAAGGCCUCAGCAUCAGAUACGGUUCCACAGAAACUAUAGAGACUUGCAGUAACCCGUCGUUCUCGAAGACGAUACUGUUCCGGGCCAGCGAUGGUCUCACGGGGGAGGCCCACGUUAGGAUAGUGGUGUACGACGUUAGAGAGAGAGUCACCGAGACCGCGGUACCGAUGGGGUUCAUGGCAUUACAACUUACUACCAUACAGGAAGCGCAGCGAUUACGCGUGGCUCUGAUGACGCGCGACAACAAAACCGUCGGCUUCGUCACCAUCAACGGAUGGAGUUUAGAACCCUCGUACAUUGGCACCAGUCCUAGCCACACUAACGACAGGAACAGCAUCGACAUACCACAGAAAGUGCUCUGCCAUAGACGGUCGCAGUCCUUGCCGCCGCGGCUCGGGCUCAAGCUGAAGUUCCCUUCAUACGGCAGCCUAUUGAAGCAGAACUUCGUCAAUAGCCACCAGGUCACGUAUAGGUUUCACUCUGGCUUGGGUGGUGAUAUCACGGUCCACGAAAUUAUGGCGGAACCGAAGCUCUGCUACCAGAUGCCUAUGCAGCUGCUUGACAUUUACAUCCAACGCGAGAAAGAGUUGUUGGAGGAAUUGCUAUCCGUUGGCGAGAUGUGCGGACAGUGGCAGAGUCGUCAGCUCGAGUUGGUGACAGUUCAUGUGUCGCUGCUGAAACAUUACUGCCACUCGAAACGGUGCAUGGAGCAAGUGGACAACAUGUACUUUAAAGCCAGCAGUAGGAAAGACGAGGCGAGUUUAGAAUUCGCCCCAGUUAACUUGCAUUUGCAACGUAUGUGGGUGCACAACGACACGCUCAACCGCACCGGAUCCCACGACGUGGUCACAGCGGGCGCGUUCGCUGCGCACACGCACAAAGCUGAGAGGACGGGCGGUUUAAUUAGGAGAUUUUGGGAGAAAAGUGAAAUUUCGAAAUACGCACUUUUCGCGGAAAACAGACUCGAUGCGGUGUGGCGCCGGGGGAGCCCUAUGACUUUUGGUAGUUUUCGUUUCCGCGAGCUGACAACCCUGGGCUCCACGCCACAUGGCAACAUCGGAGCUCUUCGCCUGGUAUGGACCGGUCGUGAGUCUCCGCCGGCUCUUUCGAAUGAGGUGAAAAUUUUCCCCGAUUUUAGGGUAAUUUCGGAGAUUUACCCCAAAAAGGAAAAUGGUAAAAACUGCAUCGGAUGCGCUAUCGAGUUGGCCACACCGGUACGGAGCCGGAUUUUCAAAAUUCAAGAUGGCGGCCAAACCAGCGGCCGUUUUAUCCGGAAAAUUGGGUAUCGUCACCGCAUCGAGCCGAUUUUGACGCACUUGGCGACAUUUGUCAGAGUACUUCCGGGGAAACAAUUUUUAGGCAAGUAG